CUCUAACCUCUGGGGUUUCUACAAGGAUGCUUUCCAGCGUUUCCUCCUUCCAACAGAUCAGGUUUUGCUGUCAAGCUCGGAGGCAGGCAGGCAUUUAUUUCCUUGAGCUAUAAUACCAUUCAGAGGAGCUCCCCACAGCAGCUGUGCAGUGCUGCCUAGGCAGGAAAACUGAAGGGAAAAAAAUUCCUGUUUGGACAAAGGUAGUGCAGUGACACGGAGGGGAUGGCACUCACUUCUGUAUGCUAAAAUCCAAGCUACAGGCAGCAAGGACUCUCAGACUGCAGGGCACUGAGCAAUUCCUGCAGCUUCUUCCCUAGUGAUUUCCUCCCCUGUGGCUCUGGACAGGGAAAUUCCUUUCUUUACACCUAAAAAAAAAUUAUAACAAACCCCCCAAACCAACCUCAAGAGGGCUGGGCAAAAGAUAAAAGCUCUGCAAGGCAGUGCAACUCCUCCUCUUGACAACUGACUUCUCAUUUAAAUGUCUGCAAACACAGGCUCCAGCUAGAGCUGCUUUUGGAGCUGCUGGGGAAAGCCUGUCCUGCAUCGGGACAGGGCACUCGCCUCUGCUAGGCAAAACAGCCUGCAGACUAGCUGCUAGCUGACUAGCUGAGGGCAGCUGGUCCUAUGCUCCCUCUUUUUUUGAGCUUCCAACUUCACUGCCUAUUUUUGUGCUGCCUUUUGGAAAGAAAUGCCUCUCACUUAAUGCCGACCAACAGGGCAGGCAGAAACUGGAACUAGGUGGUGUCUACGGUCAGCAGAGAGCUGAGAUUACCCUGACUGGAGUGUGCCUGGAUGUUUCCCAAAAUACCUGUGGGGUGUUGGCUGCCCAGGAUGAAGGACGUCCCCAGGACUGGGUGCCCUUUAACCAGAUGAUGAGAGAGUGGAGCAGGCUUCUGAAUAGAGCACUCCCUGUCUUGGGUCUGAGGAAGGGAAGGCAGGAGGGUCCCUGUGCAUGGACCUAGUGAAGAAGCUCCCCUGAUGUCUGCUUUGCUGCUGGUCUGGGCUGUGCUCCUGCACUCAGGAAUCAAGAGCUGCCUGGCCAGAGGAGGGAGGUCAUGGGAGCAUUGCACAGACCUGCGCCCUCUGGAUCUUCUCGCGGAGGUGGUUCCUGCUGGUGGCCUGAGGAAUGGGAUUAGGAUGCUCCAAGUACAGGGGGUGCGUGGAUUCCAGCUCUUGGCUUCCCACUCCCAGUCCCUCUGCUUCCCAGCUUCUCGGAUUUUUCUCCACUGUGACCGCUUUCCGGAGGAAUUCUCUAUCAUCGUCACCCUGAGAGUCCUCAGUGUCCCAGGAAAGAAAAACGAAUACAUCUUCACCGUGAUGGGAGAGGAGAGCAGCCCGGUGCUGGUAGGACUUAGGUACUCACUGAACAAACUCCACUUCCUUUUCUGGAGCAGGGAGCUAUCCAACGGCUGGCAGACGCGGGUCACCUUCCGAGACAUCUCCUUGGUGGACAAUCAGUGGCACACUCUUGUCUUGGCAGUAUCUGGACAUUCCUUCUCCCUUACUGUGGACUGCAGUAUACCUGUUGACAUGGUGGUGGACACACCGUUCCCUGCAUCCUUGACCAUGAAGGGAGCCAGCUUUUACGUUGGGAGCAGGAGGAGAAGGAAAGGGUUCUUUACGGGCUUGUUAAGACAGCUGGUCCUGUUGCCAGGAUCUGAUGCUACCUCAAGGAUAUGCACUAACAUGAACCUUAAGCUAGCGGUGCUCUCCAUCCCCCCAGUACUACAGGACCUCCCAGUGAAGCCAGGAAGCAAUGAGGUGCUGAAAUACCCAUACGAAGCCGAGAUGAAGGUGACUUUUGGGUCCCGCCCACCCUGCACCAAGACUGAGAAAGCGCAGUUCUGGUUUAACGUCUCUCAGAAGGGGCUGCAUCUCUGUAACGGGAGUGCGUGGCUUUCCGUGCUAGAAGCUAAAGAGAGGCUGGACUACGUGGAAGAAUAUCAGAACCUGGUCACCAAUUCUGAAACCCUGGGCAUUGAGAUCUUUGCCAUUCCGGAGAUGGGACUCUUUGCGGCAACAGCCAACCGACAGACUCCACCUGGGUCUGCUAUCUACAAGUGGAUGGAUGGGAAGUUUGUGUCUUAUCAAAAUAUUCCAACCUACCAAGCUCAAUCCUGGAAAUAUUUCACAAUAGGAAAAAAGAUCUUCCUAGCAGUGGCUAAUUUUGAGCAGAAUGAAAGGGGUCAGGAGUUCUCUGUAAUAUACAAGUGGAGCUACAGAAAAGAGAAAUUCAUCUCGUACCAGAGGAUCUCCACGCACAACGCUAGGGACUGGGAGGCCUUUGUCAUUGAGGGAGAGGCCUUCCUCGCAGUUGCCAACCACAGAGAAGGAGAUAAUCACAACAUCAACAGUGUCAUAUACAGGUGGAACCCCAGGACUGGACUUUUUGAGACCAACCAGACCAUUUCUACCUCUGGAGCUUAUGACUGGGAGUUUUUCACCAUCGGACCUUAUUCUUUCCUGGCUGUAGCCAAUACAUUUAAUGGCACAUCCACGAGGAUCUACUCCCACAUUUAUGUCUGGCUCAGUGGCUCUUUUCAGCUCUUUCAGUCAAUUCUGACUUUUGGUGCUGCCGAUUGGGAAGUCUUUCACAUUGGGGACAGAGUCUUCCUCGUGGUGGCUAACAGUCACAGUUACGACAGUGGAACGCUCAUGCCAAGCAACUUGUAUGCCAUCAAUUCCUCCAUCUAUGAGCUGAACAUCACAGCGCAGAUGUUCAUCAAGUUUCAGGACCUUCUCACUUACAGUGCUCUGGACUGGGAGUUUUUUUCAGUGGGAGAAGACUCUUUUCUAGUGGUGGCAAACUCUUUUGAUGGUUUCACCUUCUCCGUCAACAGUAUUAUAUACAGGUGGCAGGGAUAUGAAGGCUUUGUGGCAGUGCACCAUCUCCCAACCUUUGGCUGUAGAGACUGGGAAGCUUUUAACACAACUGGAGGCUCUUACCUCAUCUACUCAAGUGCCAAAGAGCCACUCUCCAAGGUGCUGAAGCUGAAAACUGUCUGACAUGGAAACAGUCUUCGGUCUGCAAGGCAAAGGGCAAAGCCAGGCAAGGAAGUGACUUGUCCAACCAGGCCCAGGGCAGGGCUACUGCUCUGGAGGAAAUACACAAGCUCAGUAGCACCGGGGAAGUCUGAAGCCACCACAGUGAACACAAGAAGGACUCAGAGCCAGAUGUCUGAGCUGUGCUCCCUGUAGGACCUGGAAAGAUAGGGGAAAAUGUGAGUCUAAGGCACUUUCCUCUUCCCCCAUCAGGAGAUGAAGGGGGUACAAUGAAGACUGCUCUAAAGUGUGCUGGUGAGUAUGGUCACCUAGGAGCUGCUGCACUAGCCAAGGUGCAGCAGAACAUAUCACACUACACCUACAACCCAUCGCCCCCUACCAUGCCCCUCAAGGCUGGAGGCACCAGGUGUCAUAGUGCCUUCCCUGUAUCAUAGCAGUGCCUAACUGCCAGCUCUCCAUCCCACGUGGGUUCACCUGCUGGAUGGUAUCUGUGGAGAUGUCAAAGUCACUGGUGCACAAAGGUAACGACAAAGGAACACAAAGGAGCAUUCCUGCUGGGCAUUGCCAGCUUCCAGGGCUCAACAACCACUGUUUCCCCUGGAAGUGAAAAGAACAGAGGCAUUCUGGAAUCUCCCCGGCUUGCUGCUAGGGGUGUGUUGCAAGGAGAGUGCCCUUCUGAGGAGCUGGGAUCUGAUCUUCAUGUGUAGGUCUCCAGGUGUGAAGUGUCCAAUGCUCCUAAACCUUCAGACAAAGCUGUGCCUCCACUGAUGACAGUUCUGCGAGUCCUGCCAUGCAAGAGGAAUCUGUUCCAGAGAGUUGCUUGUGACUUGGGUUUUCAAGCUGCAGAGCUAGCAGGGGCAGAUGAACACAACUUCAGCCCAAGUCAGAGGGCUGCUGUCUGGGGGUUCAUAAUGCAUGAACCACCGUGCCUCCAGUUGUUUCAAACUUCACAGACCCUUGCUAUAGGGGAGAUGGUCUGAGGGCCUUCAGGAACAAUCCAGCCCUGCAUUUAAAAUAGUUCAGAGAACCUACCCUCUUGUCUCUUUGCCCCAGAGCACUGACAGACAGACACAUACAAAGAGGCUCUGAUGAGUAUCUGGCUCCAGUUGAAGAGGUAUGAUGCACAUCAUACCUCUCCAACUGAAGCUAGAUACUCAUAACUGGAAGUUUGAUCCUAUAUGUCUGUCUUCUCCAAAAGUGCUAGCAACAUCUUCCAGACUGCAUCAAUUCUUUGUUCCAUAUUGGCAUGCCUAUGACCCUAAGGCACCUUACCAUGUCUGCAUAACUGCAUUAUUUCAGCUGUUUUCAAGCCUCAUCCAUGAAUGACAUGUUUAUAUUGUAUAAAUCAAUAGAUAUAUUUUACAACCACA